GUAAGUGAACUCCUCCCCUCUUAGCUACUCCACGUGGUUGAACUUGUAUGGCUUCAAGAUAACGUGAGCUUUCUUUCUUCUGCAAGGUGACCACGUUGUAGGUGGAGUAAUUGGAUUUAGGGGGCAUAAUGUCUGUAAGAUUAUAUACGAAGGGUAUCUUUGUUGGCUUCAAACGUGGCCAGCACAACCAGCGGCCCAACACGUCGCUGCUUAAGCUGGAGGGAGUGAGCUCCCGUACCGAGACUGAUUUCUAUCUGGGCAAAAAAGUGGCGUAUGUGUACCGUGCUCAUAAAAAGUCCAAGGAGAGAGGUGACAAGAAGCCCAGCAAGCAUCGCGUCAUUUGGGGCAAGGUUACUCGACCACAUGGUAACAGUGGAAUCGUCCGUGCCAAGUUCCGUAAAAAUCUCCCUCCCAGAGCGAUGGGUGCUACAUUACGAGUGAUGAGUACGAUAAAGCCAUUUAUUUUUGGAGGACUCGCCUCUUUAACGGCUGAAUUUGGAACGUUCCCGUUGGAUACUACAAAGACAAGACUACAAGUUCAAGGUCAGCAUAAAGACGUCAUGUGCUUCAACUCCAAGUACCGUGGCAUGACUCAUGCCCUGCUCAGAAUAUCUCAAGAGGAAGGUGUGUCAGCUCUAUACAAGGGUAUUGCUCCUGCCUUACUGAGACAAGCCUCUUACGGUACACUCAAGAUUGGCCUCUACCAUUACCUCAAGAGGCUCAUGGUUGAGAGACCCCAGGACGAGACCAUCUAUACCAAUGUGGUAGCUGGCGUGAUUAGUGGUGCCGUCUCUUCGUCAAUAGCCAACCCCACUGACCUACUCAAGGUUCGUAUGCAGAGUGGUACUGACCAGAGCUACAGUCAACGGACCAGUGUGGUCAGGUUCUUCAAACAGAUAUACAGUGAAGAGGGGAUCAGGGGACUCUACAGGGGAGUUGGACCGACUGCCCAGAGGGCUGCAGUAGUGGCUGGUGUACUCUUACCUUCUUAUGACUACUUCAAGAAGGCCAUUCUGGACUAUGGACUAAUGGCCGACAACAUUUCCACCCAUUUCUGUGCAAGUUUCCUGGCUGGUAUUAUUGGAACUGCAGCUUCUAAUCCCAUCGAUGUAAUCAAGAGUCGGAUGAUGAAUCAGACGGUGCUGAGACAAGCGGCACACCUCUACUCGGGCUCUAUAGACUGUUUUGUCACGACUUUGCGUACUGAAGGAGCGAGGGCUCUGUAUAAAGGAUUCUUCCCAGCCUACUUCAGGAUUGGACCUUGGAACAUUAUUUUCUUUAUAACUUAUGAGAAACUGAAAGAUUUGUUUUAAUUUUGAAGUGUCAAUCACUUAUCAUUUUCACCCAAUUGAUACAGGCAUCUGAUAAUUAAUUUCAUGUCAAAAUUUCAUUGAUGUAAAAUUGA